UGGGGAGAAGGGGGAGGAAAAACUAGCGUAUGCAUUGAGCUACGUACAUGCCAGGUGCUUUCCAUGUACUAUCCCCUGAGCUGUAACAAGCACACAGGUGAGGUGAGCACGCAGGCCGCAGGCUGUGAAGGGUUUAAAGCUGGCUUCUCCAAAAUCACAGCUCUUGCUCUCUCCUGAAUUGAGGUUCCCAAGGACACCCUGAGCGUCUGUGGGAGUGAGUGGGGCCCCGGAGAGGCCGCUGGCCCCUGGCCACUAAUCGCUCACCUUGCCCAAGCCCAUGUCCUCUGCUGGGCUGUGGGGCUGCCACUCAGACAACCGCAGUGCUUGUUCUAGGUGGUGACUCUGAAGGCCAUGGAAUCCUCCGCAGAGCCUGGGGGGCCUCUGCCCAAGUACUGCAGCGUGGCCACCACCCUGGAGGCCCCCGCCUGGGCUGGCGCUGCUCCUCCCUGCGGCCUGUCCUUCAGCUGCCCCUUUGCCCUCCAAGCACCCUGGCGCACCUGGCACAGCCCUCUCACCAGAUGUGCAUCAUAUCAACCGUGUCUCCCCUAUGCUGACCCGGCCCGGCAGGGGACCGGCAGGCUGCGGGGAGCUGGAGAUGCUGCUGGCACGUGGGUCCUGGCAAGAAGGGGACCCGAUGGCUUUUAUUACCGAGCGCAGAUAAAGACUGCUCCAGAGUUGGAGAGGCAGGGGGCUCUGCUUGUGGAAUUUGAGGCUCCCCUUGUCACGGGCCCAGAGCUGCCAGCCCCACGGCAGAGUGUGGUCUUAGGAGAAGAUGUCAUCCAGUUCUCCACCCCCGAGGAAUACUCACUACAGCCUGGGGACAAGGUGCUGGCGCCCUGGGAGCCGGACAGACAGCGGUAUGGCCCUGCCACUGUUUUGGGCUUGGAGGCAAGAGGCCCCCAGAGAGUAUCCAAAGAAGAAAUCACUGUCCUCUUCUGGAACGGCAGGACAGCCACAGUGCCUUGGGGCGGGGCCUGGAGGGUGCCCCCUACUGUCUGGAAGAAGGCUGUGGAGCGGCUGCACUGGCUUGUCACCAGCAGGCCCCCCACUACCCUCCUCUGGGCCCCUUGCUGCUCUCUGCUGGGGCCAGGCACUGGGUAUGUCACCCACGGGUUUCCACUGGGCACCCCAUUCCUGUGCCCUCCCUGCCACCCCCGCGCCUGCUGCCAGCUGCUGUGCCAGGGCUGUCCCGGCUGCUGCCCUUUGGCUGGACCCACCUGGUGGCCUCUCACCAGGACCUCGGGGGCCAAGGCCGGAGAACAACCAGAGGCGGAGCUAAAGCCCAAGGUGCAGCCUCUGUCCCUAGAGGCUCCCAAAAAGGAGAAAGUGGCCGUGCAGGCUCCCAUGGCUGUUUCUUCCUCCUCCUCCUCCUCUGAAGAGGAUCUGGAGAAAGAUCUGGAGGCGGGCCUCCCUCAGAGGCUGGUGGUGGACAGCACAGUCACCUCUGACCCCGUCCCUCCUGAGAAGACUCAGAGGAGGCAGGCGGGCCCGGACCAGCCCGAGUGGAGGUAUUGGAGGAGGAACGGGCCUGAGCCGCUUCCUGCGAAGCCAGGCAAAAGAUGCCGCAGCAUCCAGAAAGAAGAGAAGGGCCACAAGCAGCAGGGAGCACAAAAGGCAGUAGUGGGGAAUACCAAGGAGCUGGUCCUGGGAGCAACCAAUGCAAAGCCUCUACACACCCUGCCAGACACAGCGGAACACGGGAAACUGAGUCAGGGGACCACUGUGAUGCGUCAGAGACACCGGAAUGCCUUCGACUAAAAGCCCUGAGGAUCUAGGAAGCAAAGGAGAGUGAAUACCUGAGGAAGAGUUACAAAGUGGCUGGCACAGCCUUCAGUGGUAGAGUGCAGGCCACAGAUGACAGUCACAUAAGCAGCAGCAUCUUCACCCCUUUAAGACUUCCCUGCAGACGGGCACAGGAAGGCACCUGUCGUAAGAGCCACAGGAGUGCUGUUGGCCUGGCCAGGUCUCCCUGCCUGGUGAGAUGAGCGUGAGAAUGCUGUUCCACAGAAGUCACAGGUCGUGGCAAGUGUAUCCACAGCCUCUCUGCCACCUUUUCAUAAAGCCUACAGUUGUACAUGAAUGACAUUUUGUUGCUCUUAAUAUCAAUAAAAAGGAAUUCUCU